GCUGAUUGGCGCACGGCCCUCUAUUUGCAUGCGUAGAGGCGAGCGCGGGCUUUCAAGCGCAGCAGCGGCAGCGGCGGGGCGCGCGCGCCAUGGCGGACGCGGGGCUGGACCCGGCCUUGGCGGAGCGGUACCGCGGGCUGGUGAGCGAGGCGAAGGCGGCGGCGGGCGGGGGGGACCUGGAGGAGGCGCUGCGCCUGUUCCGGCUGGCGGCCGCGAUCCGCCCCAGCGAGAAGCUGAGCGGCCGCAUGCGGCGGGUGGAGGCGGCGCUGGCCGAGGCGGCGGCGGCCGAGGCGGAGGAGGAGGAAGGCUUCGUGGACGUGUGCGGCAGCGGCCUGCUGCUCUACGGGGAGAUGCACGGGAAGCUCUUCCAGCACCAGCGGGAAGGCGUCGCCUUCCUGUACCGCCUGCACCGGGAGGGCAGGCCCGGCGGCAUCCUGGCUGAUGACAUGGGCCUGGGCAAGACCAUCCAGAUCAUCGCCUUCCUCUCGGGCAUGUUUGAUGCCGACCUUGUCCGGCACGUGCUGCUCAUCAUGCCCACCACGCUGGUCAGCAGCUGGCUGGCAGAGUUUGCUCGCUGGACCCCGGGCCUGCGCGUCAAGGAGUUCCACGGCACCAGGAAGAUGGAGCGCACCAGGAACCUGGAGAGGGUCCAGAGAAGGAGUGGCAUCGUUGUCACGAGCUACCAGAUGCUCAUUAACAACUGGAAGCAGCUUGCCAGCAGCCGUGAAGAGGAGUUUGUCUGGGACUACAUCAUUCUCGAUGAAGCGCAUAAAAUCAAGUGCCCGUCAAACAAAACGACAAAGUGUGUGUAUGCCAUCCCUGCAAAGCAUCGCCUCCUCCUCACGGGCACCCCUGUGCAAAACAACCUGCGCGAAAUGUGGUCCUUGUUUGACUUUGCAUGCCAGGGUUCUCUCCUAGGAACAGCCAAAACAUUUAAAAUGGAAUAUGAGAAUCCUAUUACGAGGGCAAGGGAGAAGGAUGCAACUAUAGGAGAAAAAGCGCUGGGACUUAAGAUAUCUGAGAAUCUAAUGACCAUUAUAAAGCCAUAUUUCCUCAGAAGGACUAAAGAAGAUAUAAAAGAAAAUUGUAAUGCUGACAAACCGGAUGCUCCUCUUCCUGAGGAUCCAAGUGAGAACAGCGCUCCUGUUAUGCCAUCUCUUACUAGGAAAAAUGACUUUGUUGUGUGGGUGUAUUUAGCACCAAUACAAGAGGAGAUCUACAGGAACUUUCUCUCUCUGGAUCAUCUGAAAGAAGUGCUGAUGACAACCCGAUCACCUUUGGCGGAGCUGACUGUCUUGAAGAAGCUGUGUGACCACCCCAGGCUUCUGUCUGCAAGAGCAUGUAUCCAGCUGGGCUUAGAAGGACACGAAUACUCUGAGGAGGAUUACAAGAGUGAAACAGGUUUCCUUCCAGGAGCUAACAAAAUUGAUCAUCUACCUGAAGAGGCUUUGAUUCAGGAGUCUGGGAAAAUGCUGUUCCUUGUAGGACUUCUAGAAAGGCUGCGAGAUGAGGGACACAGAACACUGGUAUUCUCGCAGUCGAGGAAGAUGCUAGAUAUCAUAGAGCAUGUCUUGUCUCGCAGACGAUUUAAGAUCCUGCGUAUUGACGGAACAGUAACACACUUAACGGAACGGGAGAAGCGCAUUAGUGCAUUUCAGAAUGACAAAGACUACUCUGUCUUCUUGCUCACCACGCAAGUUGGUGGUGUUGGUAUAACCUUAACAGCUGCUAGCCGAGUGGUGAUCUUCGAUCCCAGCUGGAAUCCAGCGACAGAUGCCCAGGCUGUGGACAGAGCUUAUAGGAUUGGGCAAAAAGAGAAUGUAGUAAUUUACAGACUGAUCACCUGUGGUACUGUGGAAGAGAAAAUAUAUAGGCGACAAGUAUUCAAGGAUUCCUUAAUAAGGCAGACUACUGGUGACAAAAAGAACCCAUUUAGGUAUUUUUCCAAACAGGAACUAAGGGAGCUUUUCACAUUAGAAGAUACUCGAACAUCUGCAACUCAGAUCCAGCUGCAGUCUCUGCAUGCCACCCAACGAAAGACUGAUGUGCAGCUGGAUGAACAUAUUGCUUAUUUGCACUCUCUGGAAAUGUUUGGCAUUUCUGAUCAUGACUUAAUAUAUACAAGGGAAAUAACUCACGAGGAGCAGGCUGAGAGUGAAGAGGCCCAUCAGUAUAUUCAACAAAGGGUACAGAAAGCCCAUGAGCUAGUUCAGUUAGAGUCUCAGCUUAGAGACCAGAGAAUGGAGAGAAUCAGAAAUGCUUCUGAGGGGACAUGGCCAGGAGCACCAGACCUGGCUUCCCAGCCAAAGAAGAAAUCUCCAGGACUGAACAACAUCUAUCAAUCUGUUUCGCCACCAGUAGUUGCUAAACUUGAAAAUGAUGAAGCCAUAGAUCUUACAGAGGAUGAGGAAGUUCAGAUUGUUAAUGUCAGCUCUAAAAUGACAAGUCUGACUAUUGAUGAUGUAGGUGAAGAGAAAUUGGCACAAGAUGUGUCCAGUAUGGAUACUAGUGCUGAGGUAGUGAAACCCUCCAGUAUACAAGAAUAUGAGCAAGAUCUUGAAUCCAGCAUUAUACCAUUAUCCCCUGGACUUCAUCCACUUGACAGGGAGAGUAUGAGUCUUGAACACAAACAGUAUUCCCGUACUCCUGUAAAUUCAAAUAGCUUGACUGAGGCAGGGAAUGGUCUAUCUGAACAAUCUCAGCACUCCUGUGAUGAAUCUGGUAUGGCUGACUAUCCUAACACUGCAGAACUGUCGGAUCGGGUACCUGAACCACUUUCUGCCUUGGGGACAGAUGAGAAUGACAUUCCUGAGCCACCUUUGGCUGCCACACUGCUGAGAUUAUCAAAUGUUAUGCCGGAAGUCCCUGCUGGGAUCCAGAACUCUCAUGUGCUGGAAGCCAGUUUGGAGGCUAUGUCUGUGUCUUCUCUCCAGGAUCAAGUGGACUUCAAUCUUGUCUUGGAAGAGUCUGAAGAUGGAUGGCAAGAUGUCUCAAAUGGGGAAAGAUCACUGGAGAAUCCAGAAAAGGCAGAGGAGUUUCAACUACAAGCAGAAAGUGAUUGUAAAUCUCCAAUGAAAAGUUGGGUAUGUGAGAAUGAUAACUCUGGAAACUCCUGUCACACAGCUGAAGAUGAUCUGAAUAACUCGCUGCAAGGGAAUGAAGCAUCAGAGGAAAGCAGUAGCGUCUUUGCUUUUACUAGGAAGAAGUGCAUACAAAGAAUCGCUUCAGACAGUGAGGAUGAAAACCAUUCCAUUGUGAUCUUGAAGGAAAACAAGUUUGAUAAAAGGUCAUCUCCAUUGAACAGCCCUCUACAUCAAUUUUUGGAAGGAAUCAGUGCAUCCACUCCUAAAUGUGACAGAAGUAUAGCAAAAGCCAUCUUUUCUCCCCAGGUAACUAACAGUGGGAACAGGUCUACAGCUUCCAGAAGAUCUAUAAUCAACAUGGUGGUGGACCAGGUUGAGGAUAUUGGAGAAAUCAUGGGAACCACUGAUGAAGGAACCACUGAUGAUGAAGAAAAUACUGAGGAGCAAGAAGACCUUGUAGAAGAAGAAGCUGAAGAGUGUAGUGGGGAAUCUGCUGAACCUGAAGAAGAACCUGCUGGAGAAACACUUGACACAGUUGGAGAAUCCUUCCAUCUAGAUUGCACGCAGUCUGAACAGUCUGAAGCAGAUGAGACGGAGUCAUCUCAGGAGGAAUCCACUGGUGAUGCUGAACUUCAGUCUGGUGAGCAGAUAGACUACUUCACCCAGGAAAGUGUCUCCCAGAAAGACACUGGCCAGAGUUCCUCUCCUGCCUUAGAUAAUUAUGAUACCUUAAUAGACUGUGGGAAGAAACUGAAGGAUGAGGGAAAACUACAGGAGGCGUUGAACUGUUUUCUGCAAGCUCUUGACAUAAAAAAUGGAAAUCCUGAAGUUAUGCUUAUGACCUUAAACUUGUAUAGACAGCUAGCCCAGAAAUGAAAUAUGUAUGCCUUUGCAGUCUCACUUUUCUCAUAAAAUGUUGGUCUAAAUUAUAUCACAGGUUUAUACUAGCUUGGGACCGAUAGCUGCCACAGGAAUUUCUUCUUUCAUGUUGUGAAACUUGCAGUCAUGGCGACUGACCGAGUCCAGCAUUCAUGCCUCUGUAAGGAAGCAGUCUGAGGAUCAAGCAGUCUGUUGUUAGGUUUUAAGUGAUGAGAAAGGGGCUUCACUAUGGAUUCAGUUCACUAAGACAAAAACAUUUCAUGUUCCUGUUUGCUUAAUAAAAUGUUUCUUCUAUGCCUCAA